UAUUAUCUCAGCGUGAUAUGGGCCCAGAAAUGACAGCUGCUGGUCAAAUUAGACAACUAUACUUCGAAUGGCUCGAGGAGUGGUUUUACCAUGCAAAGAGGUGGAAAUUUGUUAAAUAUCAAGAUCUGGAGGACCGGGAGGAGUAA